AUGAAUGACAAACAACACGCUGAGUGCAGUGACAGCGAGGACUUGUUCGGAGACUACGACAGUCUCCUGGAAGACUCGUCCCUGCUGGCCAAGCUGGAACAGGCCGACGCACUAGCCUCGGGCGACCCGCCGCCACCGCAUGAUGACUGCCAGGAGGCCAAGAGGCGCAAAGUGCAAAUGCCGCCGGAACGUGACCGUUUGCUGCCGUCCGUCUCAGGCGAGGCCAGGAGGAGCGUGAGUGAGCGUAUGAAGACGGCGCUGCGAUGUAACGCGGCGGCGGCCACUGGACUUUCUCGAACGGUGGCCAUGAAAGAGGCGGUGCUGAGCAGCCGGGUGGGCGACGCCGCCGAGGCCGUGGAGGCGCGCGCUGACGACCUGGGGCCGUUUUUCGGGCUGCCCAGCAAAGUCCGAGAGCUCCUCUUCACGCUCAGGGGAAUACGAAGCCUCUACGCGUGGCAGGAGACGUGCUUGCGUCUGGAUUGCCUGUCCCGGAGGAGGAAUUUAAUUUACACGCUUCCCACCAGCGGUGGCAAAACUUUGGUGGCCGAGCUCCUGAUGAUCCGCGAGCUUCUUUGCAGGAACAACAACUGCGUCUUCAUCCUGCCGUACGUCGCUCUAGUCCAAGAGAAGGUCCGCGCUCUGGCGGCUUUGGGGCUGGAGCUGGACUUCCUGGUUGAGGAGUAUGCGGGCAGCAGGGGGCGCUUCCCUCCAGUCAAACGAAGGGGGCGGCGCUCGCUUUACGUGGCCACCAUCGAGAAAGCGCACGCCCUCGUCAACGCGCUAAUCGAGGAGGAUUCGCUGCGCUGCGUUGGACUGCUCGUGGUUGAUGAGUUGCACAUGCUGGGCGAGGGCAGCCGAGGAGCUUUGCUGGAGAUCACCUUGUCCAAAGUGUUGCGGCUAAGCCCCGGCACGCAGAUCGUCGGCAUGAGCGCCACCUUAGGGAACAUCGGCGAUCUGCAGACCUUUCUCAAGGCCGAGAACUACCACGACGACUUCCGACCGGUGCGCCUGAAGGAGUACGUGAAACUGGGCGACGGCAUCUAUGAGGUUGACUCCAAAGAGGAAGACUCUUUUCGUUUGUGUCGUCGGGUGGAGUUGAAGUACUCGAGCGCCAUGCAGAAGGCGGAUCCAGACCACAUCGUGGCGCUGGUGACGGAGGUGAUCCCCCAACAUUCCUGCCUGGUUUUCUGCCCGACAAAGAAGAACUGCGAGAACGUGGCUGUCAUGAUUUGCAAGUACCUCCGUCGGGACUUCCUGCGACACCGGAAGGCUGAGAAGGAAGCCCUCCUGCGCCAGCUGGAGGAGUGCGGCCGCGGCUCUGUAUGUCCGGUCCUGCGGAGGACCGUCCCGCUGGGUGUAGCCUACCACCAUGGUGGCCUGACUGCCGACGAGAGGAAGCUGCUGGAAGACGCCUACUCCGCCAGCGUUCUCUGCCUCAUCACCUGCACGUCCACGCUGGCCGCUGGCGUCAACCUGCCGGCGCGGAGGGUAAUCGUGCGCUCGCCGCUGGUGGCUCAGGAAGCGCUCAAGACCAGUCAGUACAAGCAGAUGGCGGGCCGCGCCGGCAGGGCGGGGCUGGACCGCGAGGGUGAGAGCAUCUUAAUCCUGCAGGAAGCGCAACGGCACCAGGCCAAGGCCUUGCUGUGCGCCCCCGUGGAGAAUUGUUACAGCCGGCUCCUCGCCGACGACCACAAAAGUCUACACGCCCUCAUCCUAUCCCUCGUCGGACUAAAAGCGGCGUCGCACGUGGAGCACCUGGAAGACUUUGCACGCGGGACGCUGCUUUUCGUGCAACGUGAGCACGCCGACGUAUGUGUGGAGGAUGCCGUCCGGCGGGGCAUCCGCCUCCUCCAGCUCAAAGGCCUUCUUCACGUGCAAAACGGCGACCUACAGGUCACGCCUUUGGGCAGGGCCGCCUUUAAAGGUUGCGUGGACGUAAGCCACAGCGAAGCCCUGUUCCAGGACCUCCAGAAAGGCCUGGAAGGCCUUGUUCUCAAUAGCCUUUUUCACCUUCUCUUCCUGGUCACUCCAUACGACCUGGCUGCCGGCUGCACGCCGGACUGGAUGACCUUCUACACUCAGAUGGCGUCGUUGUCGUCGGCGGAGCUCAAAGUUUGCGCGGCGGUGGGCAUCCCAGAAAGCUUGGUGGCCAGGAAAGCGGCGGGUCAAAGCGUGGGCAAGAGUGGCGACGUGUCGGCGGCCAAGCGCGCCUUCCUCUCGUUGGUUCUGCUGGCUCUGCUGAAGGACGGCGACAUUUGGGGCGUGGCCCAAAAGUUCCAGCUCAGCCGCGGCUUCGUCCAAUCGCUGCUCAGCUCGUCCGCCGCCUUCUGCUCUUGCGUGCUGCACUUCACGCAGGAGCUGGACUCGCUGUGGGCGUACUGUUCGUUGUUGGAGGCGCUGACGCGACGCCUCAGUUACUGCGUCAAGGCAGAGCUUAUCCCACUCAUGGAAGUGGCGGGAGUUUCUGAGGCUCGCGCCAAGCAGCUCCACGCCGCCGGGUACCCCACGCUGACGCACUUGGCCAACGCUGACCCAACCGUCCUGGUCAGAACGGUGGCGCAUCUCAGUAGAAGGCAGGCCGAUCAGAUGGUGGCCUCGUCCAAGAUGCUGCUCAAUGAGAAGGCGGAAACGCUGAGGCAGGAAGCGGAUCAUCUGCUGGAAGCGCCACCCGAUUUACCCGAUUGA